AUGGGAGGCGUGGCGGUGGACACGGACGCGGGGGCGGUGAAGGCUCCAGACGGAGGGUGGGGCUGGAUGGUGCUGGUCGGAUGUUUCGUCAUCACGGGUUUCUCCUACGCCUUUCCCAAAGCGGUCAGCGUCUUCUUCAAGGAGCUGAUCCGAGAGUUCGGGGUCGGGUACAGCGACACGGCGUGGAUCUCCUCCAUCCUGCUCGCCAUGCUCUACGGCACAGGUGAGUACAGGUGUAAGGGGCGGUACGGCGGCCCUGAAGGUCCAAGUAUGAUUACAAUCAUGUGGGUCUCUGCAGGUCCUCUGUGCAGCGUGUUGGUGAACCGCUUCGGCUGUCGGCCUGUGAUGAUGGUGGGCGGACUCUUCGCCUCUCUGGGGAUGAUCCUGGCGUCGUUCUCCACCAGCAUCAUCCACAUCUACCUCUGCACAGGUGUCAUCACAGGUGAGUCAGCUGAUCCUUAAAGGCGUGAUCGACCAUCUGAGCUUCAGUUUAAAAAACUGCGUCCUUCUCCAUCACAGCUCCUGUAGCUAAGCUGCUACGCUACUUUUAGCCGCUCAGAGCUCCGAGGAGGGCCGGGAGAGUGGGAGGGGACGAGUCAGAAACACAGGGAGGCGAUAAUUUUUUAUUGUAGGAUGGUAGGAGAAAGUCCCGCCUCCUUCGCCUCUGAUUGGCUCGGAAAGCUGGAAACGUCAUCACAUGCUCAGGCCGAGCCCGGGCCAUCGGCUGUGAACAUCAAACAAAACAUUAUCGCACGUCUAAAUCUCCAAACCUGACAGACGAUGACGUUUCACAGCCAUAAGGAAUAACCAAUCAGAGCCCAGCUCUUCUAGCCAAUCAGAGGCGAAGGAGGGCGGGACCUUCUCCUGCCAUUCUACAAAAAAAUUGCCCACGGGAGAGGGGUGUGUCUAAUACAGCGAGGUGAUUGGAUGGAGAGGUGGAGCAGGAGAUUGACCAAUAGGAGCUGUCCGGGACGGAUGGCUCCCAUUGGUCCAUGUUUUUGCAGCCCUGCACCUGAUAGGGUGAACAGAUUUUUUCAGAUAUUUUUUCUCUUCACUUUGUGGAGAUCGCACUAUAGGACCAUGAUCGCCAUAGAAACGAGGUUCAUAAUAAUUACCGAUCUCUCCAGUCGUUAACCACGACUUUACGAACCUCCUGAGUGUUUCUGCUGACCUCAGCGCUCGGGGUCGGAGUCUGAAAAGGUUUGAGCUCCUCGUCGGUUCUUCGUGUGUUCAGACGGUCCAACAUAGUUUCAGGUCUGAGUCUGAGGAGAUGAGGACCAUGAUCCUGACCUGUUGUCCCCCUUCUGCAGGUCUGGGUCUGGCUCUGAACUUCCAGCCCUCCCUCAUCAUGUUGAACCGUUACUUCAGCGAGAAGCGUCCGCUGGCGAACGGACUCUCGGCAGCAGGAAGUCCCGUGGCUCUGUGCUGCCUCUCGCCUCUGGGACAGGUGCUCCAGUACCAGUACGGCUGGAGGGGGGGCUUCCUCAUCCUGGGGGGUCUGCUGUUGAACUGCUGUGUCUGCGGCGCCCUGAUGAAACCUCUGGUCCCCCCAAAGACUCUCAAACUAAAGGAACCGGAGCAUGGCGAGGAAGGAACCGAGGUGACGAAGAAGAAGGAGAAGAAGCCGCUGCUGGACUUCUCCGUCUUUAAAGACCGGGGGUUCGUCAUCUACACGGUGGCGGCGUCCAUCAUGGUCCUGGGACUGUUUGUGCCCCCCGUGUUUGUGGUGAGCUACGCCAAGGAGAUGGGGAACGAGGACACCAAAUCCGCCCUGCUGCUCACCAUCCUCGGCUUCAUCGACAUCUUCGCUCGGCCGACGUGUGGCGUGAUCGCCGGCCUGAAGUGGGUCCGGCCUCGCUGCGUCUACCUCUUCAGCUUUGCUAUGAUUUUCAACGGAACCACAGACCUGAUCGGAUCACAGGUGGGUUCACGGUCACCCUGGAGAGGACCGGAGAGUAACAAGGAUUAGUGUAAAACCUCCUUCUCUGUCCGUCUUUCUCGUCUCCAGGCGAAGGACUACAACUCCCUGGUGGUCUUCUGCAUCUUCUUCGGUAUCUCCUACGGCAUGGUGGGCGCUCUGCAGUUUGAGGUCCUCAUGGCGAUCGUUGGUACUGAGAAGUUUUCUAGCGCCAUCGGCCUGGUUCUGCUGAUGGAGGCCAUUGCUGUGCUGGUUGGACCACCUGGUGCAGGUAAGACAUCCAAAAAAUGAGGGUAAAACCUGGUGGGUCACACCUUCGAUGUGGUCCAAAUCCAGACCUUGGUAUCCAGGUCCAACCUCUUAAGUCUGGAUAAUCAGGGUUUGGUGUUUUACCAGAAGGUACCACAUAGUCCAUGACAGGAAGACUAACCCGGGAUUUCCACCGCAUCCGGAACGGCUCCGAUCCAGAACGGCGGCGAUUUUCAUCGUCCGCCAAUUCCUACUAGCUCUGUUUGUGAGGCGAAUUUCGUGGCAGAUUUCGGACAGCGGUAAUCGUGAGAACUCACAAGAACCCGCAGAUUCACGUUCAAUCACUCGAUAACAAGUCGUCUCUCUAAAGACAGACACAUAGACAUAUAAGCAGUAGAUUGUGUCCUUCCAGAGGAGGAAAUCUACUUCUAGACUUCUAGAAUCAGCAUCUCCUCAUCCAUGGUGUCAUCGGGGUGAAAUGACGUCUAAAAACCUUUCACUUGUUCGUCUCCGCCCGUUUGCAUGGUGUGAAAUACGAUCCUCCUGAAACACGGAGUGUUUUAUUUUGAAAAGAAGCCGGAUGUUUUAUUUUGAAGUCUGUGCCCGACUUCCUUUCCAGCACGGGUUAAUCUGUGCUGAAUUUAUCCGCCAUGCUCCGGCGUCCAGAAAAAAUAGAACUCUUGUGAUCAGCUGAGGAGUCCGGCGAUCCGCAGAGGAACGGAAAGAAGUCGGUGUAAAUUGACCCGUUAACUUGAAUGGUUACGAUCAGCUACGAUCGGAGGAUACGACCUUUUAGGAGACGAUCAGGAUGAAGGUGGAGGUCGGGGGUCGGUUUGUGAAGGCGGCUCCGUGUUCCCGGUCUCCUACCUCGAUAUUGAGAUAACUCUUGUUUGUAGCGUUUUUGACCUUCUCAUCUGUUUCUCUGCUCCAGGUCGGCUCCUCGACGCCACCAAGAACUACAUGUACGUCUUCCUGCUGGCAGGGACCGAGGUGGUGCUGUCCGCCGUGGUUCUGGCUGCCUGUAACUUCCUGUUCAUCAAGAAGAAGUCUCCGAUACCUGCGCACAAGCUCGACAACAUCACGGUGACAGAAGACGCCAAAACGGAGGCGUGGAGCGAACCUGCAGAGACGACGGAUGAAGAGGAGAAAGGAGCAAAAGAGGAGCAAGAGAAAGAGAUGAAGAAGGAGGAGGAACAAAAGGUCAAAGAGGAGACAGAGGAGGAGGCAGCGGAGGGAGUCAGGCCGGAGAGUAUCACGGUGGACUCACAGGAGGUGGAGAAGUUUCUGAAAGAGCCGCAACAAAACGGUCUCACGCUGUCAAGUCCUGAAACGUGUCUGUGA